GGUGGUGGGGGGGCAGGGCUGGCCAGCCCGGCGCGCCGCCGAGGUCAGCGCAGAUAAGGAGCCAUGCCCCGCAUCCUCCGACGGGGGAGGGAAGUCGCGCUGCCACCGGGUCUCUGCUCCUCCGCUCGCUCCCGUGGCCCGGGGCUGCUUCUCUAGAGAAGAUUUGCAAGGCGGCUUCUGUGCUGACAGCCACCCACCAUCAGCUGAAGGCGACUGCCAAAUGACAUGCAGGAUCUCCAAAUCAGAAUAAUUGCAGAAAAUCUUCCAAGGACCGCAUCUGCAGAUGUUCUGAGUACCUCUGAGCAUAGAAAUUGAUUAUUCAACCAGGAUACUAAUUCCAGACCUGAAGAGCCCAGGAGCCUAAGCCAUUCCGUCAGUUUUGCAACAUUGGACCCAGCACAAUGAAGUAUUCUGGCUGCGCUCUGGUUUUGGCCGUCCUGGGCACAGAGCUCCUUGGGAGCCUCUGUUCAACAGUCAGAUCCCCGAGAUUCCGAGGACGGAUCCAGCAGGAACGAAAAAACAUCAGACCCAACAUUAUUCUUGUGCUCACUGACGAUCAAGAUGUGGAAUUGGGGUCCCUGCAAGUUAUGAACAAAACCAGACGGAUCAUGGAGCAUGGGGGCGCCACCUUCCCCAAUGCCUUUGUGACCACACCCAUGUGCUGCCCCUCCCGGUCCUCCAUGCUCACCGGCAAGUACGUGCACAACCACAAUGUCUACACCAACAACGAGAACUGCUCCUCGCCCUCGUGGCAGGCGAUGCACGAACCUCGGACUUUUGCCGUGUAUCUAAACAACACCGGCUACAGAACAGCCUUUUUUGGAAAAUACCUCAAUGAAUAUAAUGGCAGCUACAUCCCUCCUGGGUGGCGAGAAUGGCUUGGAUUAAUCAAGAAUUCUCGUUUCUAUAAUUACACUGUUUGUCACAAUGGCAUCAAAGAAAAGCAUGGAUUUGAUUAUGCAAAGGACUACUUCACAGACUUAAUCACUAACGAGAGCAUUAAUUACUUCAAAAUGUCUAAGAGAAUGUAUCCCCAUAGGCCCAUUAUGAUGGUGAUCAGUCACGCUGCGCCCCACGGCCCAGAGGACUCAGCCCCACAGUUUUCAAAACUGUAUCCCAAUGCUUCCCAACACAUAACUCCUAGUUAUAACUAUGCACCAAAUAUGGAUAAACACUGGAUCAUGCAAUACACGGGACCCAUGUUGCCCAUCCACAUGGAAUUCACAAAUGUUCUACACCGCAAAAGACUCCAAACUUUAAUGUCGGUGGAUGAUUCUGUGGAAAGGCUGUAUAACAUGCUUGUGGAAACAGGGGAGCUGGAGAACACAUACAUCAUCUACACUGCGGACCACGGCUACCAUAUAGGGCAGUUUGGGCUGGUCAAGGGGAAGUCCAUGCCAUACGACUUUGAUAUCCGCGUGCCUUUCUUUAUUCGUGGGCCAAGUGUAGAACCCGGAUCAAUAGUCCCACAGAUUGUUCUCAACAUCGACCUGGCUCCAACCAUCCUGGAUAUCGCUGGGCUUGACACACCUGCCGAUGUGGAUGGCAAAUCUGUCCUCAAACUUCUGGACCUGGAAAAGCCAGGUAACAGGUUUCGAACAAACAAGAAGGCCAAAAUUUGGCGUGAUACAUUCCUCGUGGAAAGAGGGAAGUUUCUACGUAAGAAGGAAGAAGCCAACAAGAAUGUCCAACAGUCAAAUCACUUGCCCAAAUAUGAAAGAGUCAAAGAACUGUGCCAGCAGGCCAGGUACCAGACAGCCUGUGAACAACCUGGGCAGAAGUGGCAGUGCAUCGAGGACACAUCAGGCAAACUUCGGAUUCACAAGUGUAAAGGCUCUACCGACCUGCUCACAGCCCGACAGAGCACACGAAACCUCUACUCCCGUGGCUUUCAUGACAAGGACAGAGAAUGCCACUGCGGAGAGACCAGCUACCGAGCCAGCAGAAGCCAGAGGAAGAGUCAGCGGCAGUUCCUCAGAAACCAGGGGGCGCCAAAGUACAAGCCCCGGUUUGUCCACACCCGGCAGACGCGUUCCCUGUCCGUGGAAUUUGAAGGUGAAAUAUAUGACAUCAACCUGGAAGAGGAGGAAUUGCAAGUGCUGCAGCCCAGGAGUAUCGCCAAGCGCCAUGACAGGAGCGCCGGGGGGCGCCAGGAUGCCAGCGGGGGCAACAGGGACAUGAUGCUGGCAGACAGCAACGCCGUGGGCCUGCCCUCCACUGUCCGCGUGACACACAAGUGCUUCAUUCUUCCAAACGAUACCAUCCAUUGUGAGAGAGAGCUGUAUCAGUCAGCCCGAGCCUGGAAAGACCACAAGGCGUACAUUGAUAAAGAGAUUGAAGCUCUGCAAGAUAAGAUUAAGAACUUAAGAGAAGUGAGAGGACACCUGAAAAGGAGGAAGCCUGAGGAAUGCAGCUGCAGUAAGCAGAGUUAUUACAACAAAGAGAAAGGUGUGAAGAAGCAAGAGAAACUGAAAAGCCAUCUUCACCCAUUCAAGGAGGCCGCUCAAGAAGUAGACAGCAAACUUCAGCUUUUCAAGGAGAACCGGAGGCGGAAGAAAGAGCGGAAGGAGAAGAAGCGGCAGAGGAAGGGAGAGGAGUGCAGCCUCCCUGGGCUCACCUGCUUCACACAUGACAACAACCACUGGCAGACGGCCCCCUUCUGGAACCUGGGAUCUUUCUGUGCUUGCACGAGUUCUAACAAUAACACCUACUGGUGUUUGCGUACAGUUAAUGAGACACAUAAUUUUCUUUUCUGUGAGUUUGCCACUGGCUUCUUGGAGUAUUUUGACAUGAAUACAGAUCCUUAUCAACUCACAAAUACAGUGCACACAGUAGAACGGGGCAUUUUGAAUCAGCUACACCUGCAGCUGAUGGAGCUAAGAAGCUGUCAAGGGUAUAAGCAGUGCAACCCAAGACCCAAAGGCCUUGAAGUUGAGGACAGUUAUGGGAUGGAUGGGAAGGUUAAUCUGCCUGAUCUCGCAGCAGAUGUCAACUGGCAAGGCCUGGAGGAUUUAUACAGUGUAAAUGAAAGUGUCUAUGAGUACAGACAAGACUAUAGACUUAGUCCGGGUGACUGGACUAAUUACUUGAAGGAUGUAGAUAGAGUAUUUGCACUGCUGAACAGUCACCAUGAGCAAAGUAAAGCUAAUGAGAGUGAGGGGUUCCUGGCUGAAUCUCCCGAGCUCUCAGUGCCCGGAGAGUUGGCCUCCCCUGAGUCAGAUGAAGAAGCCCUGAUGCGUAUGGUAGGGAAAGCACCCCAUUUGUCUUGGCCAGCUGACCUGCAAACCCUGCAUUUGAACAAACCAACAUUCAGUCCAGAUAGCACACUUGAAUGGAACAAUGACAUUCCAGAAGUCGGUCGCCUGAAUUCUGAACACUGGAGAAAUCACAAAACCGAGAAAUGGAUGGAGCAGAAAGAGGUGAAUCAUCUGGAAACCAAUUUUAGCGGCAAUGGCCUGAUGGAGCCAGUGCUCCCGCCUGGCCCCAUUCUGCAGUCCCUGAGCGGGCACAGGAAUGGAUUCACCCAGCAUGGUGGUUUAGAAGAACAUGCGUUCAAAGAUCAGCUGCAUCUUCCUGUGUAUUCUGGGGUUGAGUCUGUUCAUCCUGCCACCGAUGUGCCCAUCAGGAAGCAGCCUGGUCCCUCCAGCAGUGUGAAGUGGAUGGUGAACGAGGUGGGAGGGAAUCACACCGCAGAGGGCUUCCCGGGUGCCGAAGGCAGCGCCUCUCUCCCACUCUCCUCCGAUUAGAUGGCAUUGUCACCCUAUCUUGCACACAGUAUUUUUUUUUAAACUUCUGAUUAAUAAACCAAUAGAACAAAUCAUGACCACCAACAUUCCAAGCUACGCUUGUUACAUGUGUAGAGUAGGAUGUGUGCAUGGGAAUAGCAUGCACACAGGACUCGGUGUUGUAGCUCACUGUUGGUCAAGAGUAGAAAAGAGAUCAAUUUGUACUUGUUUCUUUGUUGGGGAUGGGGGGGGCAUACUAAAAACAGUAUUAUCUUUCAGAAGCUCUAGGGCCAUGCAUAUAAAAAAAAAGUUAUCCAGUCAAGAUGGCUAGGUUUAUGUCUUUAAGGAGUAUCUGAAAUUUGACAUCUGAGUCUUUCAGCACACUUUCCACUGCCUGUGAAAUGUGGUUUUGAUUUCAGCCACUGGAAUUUCUCAGUGGCGUCAUUUGGAGUCAAAGUUUUUACACUUUGAGAUCAGAGUGCCAUUUCUAUUUGAUUAAUCUUUUAAAAAAAAAAAAAAAGAAAAGAAAGAAAAUCAGACUUGUCAGUCUCACUGAUUGCUAUCAAUGUGACAGAGUUAAAUAGACCCCCCACGGAUGACACACAGUAUGAAUCCACAUAUUGUUAAAUGUAAAACUUUUUGCCAGAAAAUAGUGCAUGUGUUUUACUUUGACUUGCUAAAAUCAAUUAGCAGAAAGGCCUGGUUAAAGGUGUUGGCAGUACAAAUAAAUGAAAAAACAAAGAUUGCCUGCUUUCUCUGUCCCGACCUCAAAAUGUUCAUCAUAUACUUAAAAUUGAUAAUUUUUUUAUUAUUUUCUUAACAGGAUAGAAGGACUGAAGCUCUUUUCUAAUCUUUGUUUUGCUUUCUUAACCUGGCUUUAUGAGCUUAAGUGUUGAGAAGAUAAGUUUAGUUUCGAAUUUAUAGAAUGAAAUUUUUUCAAUAAAACAAACUUAUAAUGUUUCAUAACAAACACACUGUAUGUGUUGUAUGAUUAUUUUUAAGGCCUUCACCAAGUUCUGGUUUUUUAAAGGCAUGAUUCAAAACAGCUUUGAAAAUCUGUUUUCUUGAAAAUGUAUUUGUCAUGCAUUAGGUUUUUCAAUACCAGCAAAAGGAUUACCUCACUGAGUGUUAUCAGUAGCCUAAUUGACUUCCCAAGAAGGUUAUAUUUUUUUUAGCUUAACCACGAUUUUCUUUUUAUUUUUAGAUAAUUCAAAUACAUAGGUAAAUUAUAUUGUUUUCUUUAAGUGUUUAUGGUAAACUCUUUUAAAGAAAAUUUGAUAUUACAGUUCAAUCUUUGAUAACUUUAAGUCUAUCAUAGACUGUACAUAUGUUAAAAUUAACUAGUUCUAUAUCAGAUGUGUGUAUCACCAAUUGAAUGGCAGAAGAAACAUAUUUAUGGUCAUGAAUGGUGUACUUUGUAAAAAGGUCUCAAGUUACUGGGAAACAUACUGUUUUUUUUAAUCUUGUGUAAUAAUCUGUGAUACUUUUAUAGAACAAUUCUGGCUUCAGGAAAGUCUAGAAGCAAUAUUUCUUGAAAUAAAGAUGUUUAAACUUUA